AUGCCUCCUAAGAAGAAAGGCGAUGGGAAAGGCGGUCCCAAGCCGGGCACAAAGCAGGCUAAAGCUGUUGCUGAAAAAGCAGGAGAAGCGAAACCAGCAACGGAAGAGCCCAAGAAACCAUCUGUGAAGGAGGUCAUUGGCGGCGCAUCAUGGACAGGAAAGCUGCCAGUCAAUAUGUUGGCAGAGCAUUGCCAGAAGCAAAAAUGGGAAAAGCCCGAGUAUAGCAUGAUCAAAACAUCGGACGGAUUCGUAUCCGUUGUGACGAUGAAGAAGAUAGAUCCAAAGACCAAAGAACUCAUUGUCAUUCCACCGAUGAAGCUCCCUCCCUCCCAUAAACACCUCGCUGGGCAACCGACGGCUCUCGAAGCGCGCCAUUUCGGCGCAGCUUUCGCUCUGUUCCGUGUAUGCAACAUGCGCAACAUUCAUAUGAUGAUGCCUCCUACCUAUAAAAAGCUCUGGAAGGAAGACUUUGGGGAAAUCAAAGCAAAUGAUACCCGGGAGGGCAAGGGCUGGAUGUACGAAGCAGACCCAUUCCUAGCCAAGCAAGAACGUGAAAGCGCAGCGGCCGAUCUGGCAAAGAAGCGCGCAGAUCGGGAUAAAGCUCAGGCUAAAGAGAAGGCUUCCAAUGCGGAGUUAGGACUGGGAAAUGGGGAUGCCAGGUCGAAGCGCAUUUGGUCGCAAGCACCCAAGGUGGAUAUGGGCACUCGCAUUCGGAGAGAUAUCGAAGGCUUGUUGCGACAACAUACGGUGUGGAAUCCUUACGGAGUAAAGAUUCCAGAUCAUGAAAAGAAGACCAUUGCAGACGAGUACACUGGUUUAGGGUUCCGUCGCAGCCAUGUUGAAGAGGCUACAGCAGAAUGCAAAGACCGUGAAGAGGUACUUGAAUGGCUUCUUAUCUAUGUCCCCGAUGAUGAUCUUCCCCGGUGGAGUCUACCGGAGGGAUACUCGGCUGGAGUCAGUCUUGGCUCUACUGAUCUUGCUCGUGAGGCCAAAAUUAAAAGACUCGCCUCUGUUGGCUACCCAUCUGAUAUGUGCUCUCAAGUAUUGGAUGGCAAGGAUGGUGAUGAGCUAGCUGCUGCUGAACAGUUGCAAGGGACCUUGGCUCACGGAUCCGAUUUCACCCUCCCGUCAGUCGAUGAAGACGACGAGGCUUGGGCGGAAGAGGCCAUCACAUUGGAGGCCAUCUUUGGUGAACGUUAUCGCCGCAUCUCACCCAAAGUUUGUGAGAUUAACAGCGAGGCAGCGGAACUCCCUACAGAUACAACGUUCCGAUUCCAAAAACCUUCCGCUCACUAUCCAAGCACGCCUCCUGUCAUCUCCAUCCAGGCAACGGGCGUUCCUGCUUAUAUUCGCCUGAGUGCGAUCCGCCGGGCAGUGAAAUAUGCCGAGGAGAACUUCUCAGGUGAAUCCAUGAUUUUCAAUAUCAUGGAUUGGCUGGAGGUUAACCUACCUGAUAUCAUGGAGAACCCAGGCAGGCUUCGAGAGAUCUCUGCUGUCACAGCAUCAUCAGAAGUCGAGACUCGCGAAAUUCCUGUGCGUUCAUCGCGCAAGAACCGCAAGGGAAUUGAUUGGUCUGUCGACUCAGAACGAAGCCUGACCAUGCGAGAUGCUUGGGAGAACAAACAGAACACAGCCCCACAGAUCGAAAUGACUCGAAAGCGAAAAGCACUUCCUGCUUGGAACAUCCAGUAUGACAUCGUUCAUGCUAUCAACUCGCACCAGGUCACUAUUAUCUCCGGUGAAACCGGUAGUGGUAAAAGUACUCAGUCCGUGCAAUUUGUGCUGGAUGAUAUGAUUCAGCGGGGGCUGGGAGGCGCUGCCAACAUCAUUUGUACGCAGCCGCGCCGAAUUUCAGCAUUGGGUCUUGCCGACCGAGUCAGUGAUGAGCGUUGUUCCACCGUUGGAGAUGAAGUGGGAUAUGUGAUUCGAGGCGAGUCCAAGGCCAGGCCUGGCUCUACCAAGAUCACCUUUGUGACUACUGGUGUCUUGCUGCGCCGUAUCCAAUCUGGUGGUGACGCCGAUGGCAACGUUGCGAGCUCUCUCGCUGAUGUCUCCCAUGUGGUAGUUGAUGAGGUUCACGAGCGCAGUCUGGAUACAGACUUCCUUCUGGCACUUUUGAGAGAUGUUCUGCGUUAUCGUAAAGACCUUAAGGUUAUUCUUAUGAGUGCCACACUCGAUGCUGGCAUCUUUAUGAAUUACUUUGGUGGUCAGAAAUCAGUUGGGCUGGUGAACAUCCCUGGUCGAACAUUCCCUGUCCAAGACUAUUACCUGGACGACGUCAUGAGAGAUACAGGAUUUGCGCCGGAACUCGCAGAGGAAUACGAUUAUGACGAAGAACCCUCUCGGGGCGACGAAACACUUGGCAAAGCCCUCCGGAGUUUGGGUAUGGGUAUCAAUUAUGAUUUGAUCGCAGCGACUGUGGAAUACAUCGAUGCCCAAAUGGGUGACGAGCCUGGUGGAAUUCUCAUAUUUUUGCCUGGUACACUGGAGAUUGACAAAUGUCUGGCGGCUGUCAGAAGAAUCCCCAAUACCCACCCUCUGCCAUUACAUGCCUCCCUCCUGCCCGCUGAGCAGCGCCGGGUAUUCCAAAGCCCACCAAGGGGGAUGCGAAAGGUCAUUGCUGCCACUAACGUCGCAGAGACCUCCAUUACGAUCGAGGAUGUCGUUGCCGUCAUUGACACCGGUCGAGUCAAGGAAACAAGCUACGACCCCAAGGACAAUAUGGUCCGUCUCCAAGAAGUAUGGGCAUCUCAAGCGGCUUGCAAACAGCGCCGUGGUCGUGCAGGUCGUGUUCGCGCUGGUAUCUGCUACAAGCUAUACACGCGCAAAGCCGAAUCCAACAUGGCCCAGCGGCCAGACCCGGAGAUUCGCCGUGUACCUUUGGAGCAGCUUUGUCUGUCCGUUAAAUCUAUGAAGGGCAUCGACGAUGUUGCCAACUUCUUAGCAAACACAAUCACACCACCAGAGAGUAUAGCCGUGGAAGGCGCAUUAAACUUCCUGCAUCGCGUAGGAGCCCUCGACCACGACAGGCUCACAGCACUGGGCCGAUACCUCUCGAUGAUCCCCGCCGAUCUGCGCUGUGCCAAGCUCAUGAUCUACGGUUCUAUCUUCGGCUGCAUUGAGCCCUGUCUUACCAUCGCAGCCAUCUUGACACUCAAGAGUCCGUUCAUCUCACCCCGCGAGAAGCGCGAGGAAGCCAACGCCGCCAAAGCAUCCUUCUCUCGGCCUGGUGACGGCGAUCUCCUCACCGAUCUCUCUGCCUAUCAGGCCUGGUCCGAGCGAGCCCAGGCAAAGGGUGGUUAUUGGGGAACCCAAUCGUGGUGCGGUGCCAAUUUCCUUUCUCACCAGACGCUGCGAGACAUCUCUUCCAAUCGCGCUCAGUUCAUUACCUCUCUCAAAGAUGCAGGCGUCUUAGCAGUCAACUACUCAGACUCCUCACCUGUUUGGAACCGCAAUGCUGGAAACCGAAACUUGAUCCGUGCUCUUAUUGCCGGGGCCUUCCAACCGCAGGUCGCGCAGAUCUCGUUCCCUGAUAAGAAGUUUGCCAGCUCCGUUACUGGUACCGUUGAGGUUGAUCCGGAUGCGCGCACUAUCAAAUACUUCAACCAGGAGAAUGGCCGAGUCUUCAUUCACCCAAGCUCCAUCCUUUUCUCUGCCGCUGGUUAUCCCAGUGCCGCCGCGUACCUCAGCUACUUCACAAAAAUGGCUACCAGCAAGGUGUUCAUUCGCGAUCUGACCCCCUUCAAUGCAUACUCUCUCCUUCUGUUCUGCGGUUCUAUCGAGCUCGACACCGUGGGUCGUGGUCUGGUCGUAGACGGCUGGCUCCGUCUGCGUGGCUGGGCCCGGAUCGGUGUCUUGGUUUCGCGUCUUCGCACGAUGCUGGACGAAGCCCUUGCAGAACGAUUUGAUAAUCCUUCGCUAGUUUCCGAUGGUAACAGUAUUGGGGAUCGAGUCAUCGAAGCUGUGAAGAAAUUGAUCGAGUUCAAUGGACUUGAUCAAUGA